GUGACUCUCUCCAAACCCCACAGUGAUAGGAACCUCGUAAUCUAGAGACACACCCUUCCCCGUAUAAACAACGAAGUGGUGAAUUCUAGGCCUACCUUUUUCAUUAUUAAAGCCACAAGACUGUUAAGGAAUUUGAAAGAAUCAAUAUAACAACCUUUAUAUUCUUCUUUUCUCUGCUCUUCUCUUCUUUUCUUCUUCUUCUUUCAAUUAUGUACUCGGUUACAUCUUUCAAUUUCAAUUCUUCCUUCUUUUUAUUCGUUCUCUUGUUUGGCUCAUGGACAGCAUUAUCAACCUCCUCCUCCUCUUCUUCAACUUCUUCUUCUCAAAUUAUAAUUAACUCCACAGCAGAAUUUCAGGGCUACACUGCAAUAUCAGAAUUUAGGCUCUUGAACAGAAGAACUUUAUUUCAAUGUCUUGAUCUGAAUCCGUUUCUUGAAAUCAAUAUCAGUGCAGGAGGAGAGUCAGGACUCUCAGACGAUGAAAAUGUAACAGUUACUGUUAGUGGGGUUUUGGAUCCUUCAAAGUCUGAUUGGAUUGCCAUGGUAUCACCUUCCUCUUCCAGUGUUAAAGAUUGUCCUCUGAGUGAAACAUUCUACAUUCAGACAGGAGAUGUUAGUGAACUACCUCUUCUCUGCCAUUACCCAGUAAAGGCCCAAUUCUUGAGUAAUGAUCCAGAUUAUCUUGGUUGCAAGAAGCAAGAAUGUAAGAAAUACAGAAAUGGGAUAUGUGUAUUGAAAACAUGUAUUGGUUCAGUAACAUUUCAUGUCAUUAACAUCAGAACUAGUAUAGAGUUUGUGUUAUUCGCCGGAGGGUUCGAUAAUCCUUGCAUGAUAAGAAGAACAGGUUCAGUGAAUUUUACUAAUCCAAAGAGUCCCUUGUAUGGUCAUCUCUCAAGCAUAGAUUCCACUGGAGAUAAGAUGAGAUUAACAUGGGUGAGUGGAGAACAACAACCUCAACAAGUUCAAUAUGGGAAUGGAAAAUUCCAAAGAUCAGAAGUAACUACUUUUACACAAAAAGAUAUGUGCAGUUCUCCAUUAAAGAGCCCAGCCGAGGAUUUCGGGUGGCAUGACCCUGGCUAUAUUCAUUCUGCAGUGAUGACAGGACUUAAACCUUCAACCUCUUAUUCCUAUAGAUAUGGAAGUAAUUCAGUUGGUUGGAGUGAUCAAAUUCAAUUUCGAACCCCGCCCACAGGAGGGUCACCUGAACUAAAAUUCCUCGCAUUUGGUGACAUGGGAAAAGCCCCUCAUGAUGGUUCCACUGAGCACUAUAUUCAGCCAGGAUCAAUAUCAGUGGUAGAUGCCAUGGUCCAUGAAGUUGCCUCAGGCAAUGUUGAUUCAAUUUUCCACAUUGGGGAUAUAAGCUAUGCAACAGGAUUCUUAGUGGAAUGGGACUACUUCCUUCACCAAAUUGGCCCCGUUGCAUCUCAGGUUUCAUACAUGACCGCAAUCGGAAACCAUGAAAGAGAUUAUGUAGACUCGGGAUCGGUUUACAUAACACCAGACUCGGGAGGAGAAUGUGGAGUCCCGUAUGAGACAUAUUUUCCUAUGCCUACAACUGUUAAAGACAAGCCAUGGUACUCCAUAGAGCAAGGGCCCGUUCAUUUCACUGUUAUUUCUACUGAGCAUGAUUGGAGCCCCAACUCUGAACAGUACCAAUGGAUAGCAAAGGAUCUGAGUACAGUUGAUCGAUCAAAAACUCCUUGGUUAAUUUUCACUGGGCACCGACCUAUGUAUUCAUCAGAACAAGGAGGACUAAUUCCAAGUGUGGAUUCGAGGUUUGUCACAGCAGUAGAGCCUUUACUAAUGGACAACAAAGUGGAUCUAGUUCUUUGGGGCCAUGUUCAUAACUAUGAGAGAAUGUGUGCCGUCUAUCAAAAUGAAUGCAAAGCCAUGCCUAAGAAAGAUACCAAUGGAACUGACACAUAUGAUAAUACAGAGUACAAUGCUCCAGUUCAUGUAGUCAUUGGAAUGGCCGGAUUCCAACUGGACAACUUCCCUAGCAAGGUUAAUAGUUGGAGCUUAGUUAGGGGUUCUAAAUUUGGGUAUGUAAGAUUUCACGCAACAAAGCAAGAGAUCAAGGUCGAGUAUGUGAAUUCAAAGAAAUUGAUGGUUGAAGAUAGCUUCCGCAUGAUCAAAAGCUAUAAGACACAAAGCGACUCGCUUGUCAGCUCAAGUGGGAAACAAGAGCCGCCAUGGUUAAUAUUGUUUCUACUCUUUGUUGUUUUCCCACCUUAUUUUUUAUGAAUAAGAUGUUAUGUUGGAAUGUGAGGGGACUCAAUUGCUCCUCCAAACAAGCUUCUGUUAAGAAUAAAAUUAAGAACUUCUCCAUCA